AUGGACAACGAAGAUCUCAUCGACUACGAGGAGGAGGUCCCCACCACCACAACGGGCGCCCCUUCCAAUGGAGCAGCAGCCACAGACGGCUCCUACGUCGGCAUCCAUUCCACUGGAUUCCGUGACUUCCUUCUCAAGCCUGAGCUGCUCCGAGCCAUCUCGGACCUUGGUUUCGAGCACCCUUCGGAGGUCCAACAGGAAUGCAUUCCCCAAUCCAUCCUUGGAAUGGACGUCGUCUGCCAGGCCAAGUCCGGUAUGGGUAAGACGGCCGUCUUCGUUCUGGCCACUCUCCAGCAGAUCGAGCCCGUCGACGGCGAGACAUCGGUCAUCAUCUUGUGCCACACUCGCGAGCUGGCCUUCCAAAUCCGUAACGAGUACGCCCGCUUCUCCAAGUACAUGCCCGAAGUCCGCACUUCGGUCUUCUACGGUGGCACACCCGUCGCGCAGGACCAGGCCAUCCUCAAAGACAAGACCAAGUGCCCGCACAUCGUCGUCGGCACCCCGGGACGAAUGAAUGCUCUCGUCCGUGACAAGGCCCUCAAGACGAGCGGUGUUAAGCACUUUGUCCUCGACGAGUGUGACAAGAUGCUCGAGCAAAUCGAUAUGCGACGUGAUGUGCAGGAGAUCUUCCGUACUACGCCUCACCACAAGCAAGUCAUGAUGUUCUCGGCCACGCUUUCCAAGGAGGUCCGUCCCACUUGCAAGAAGUUCAUGAGCAACCCCCUUGAGAUCUACGUUGACGACGAGACGAAACUCACCCUUCACGGGUUGCAGCAACACUUCGUCCGCCUGACCGAAACGGAGAAGAAUCGCAAGCUCAACGACUUACUCGACAGCCUCGAGUUCAACCAGGUCAUCAUCUUCGUCAAGUCUGUCGGCCGCGCCAACGAGCUGAACAAGCUCUUGCAGGAAUGCAACUUCCCCUCCAUCUGCAUCCACGGCGGCCUGCCCCAGGAGGAGCGCAUCAAGCGCUACACUGCCUUCAAGGCGUUUGAGAAGCGCAUUCUCGUCGCCACGGACAUCUUUGGACGCGGUAUCGACGUGGAGCGUGUCAACGUCUCCAUCUCCUACGACUGCCCCGCUGACGCCGACUCGUACCUUCACCGCGCUGGUCGUGCGGGGCGUUUUGGUACCAAGGGUCUUUCAAUCAUCUUUGUGUCCAGCGAUGGGGACGAGGAGGUGCUCAAGAGCAUCCAGAGCAGAUUCGAGAUCGCUGUACCUGAGCUGCCUGAGAGCAUCUCUGCCGACUCGUACAUGACCACGUAA